GAGAGAGAGAGACGGGAACGAAAGACGGAAGCUACGAGAAUGUCGGGGAUGAAACCGGCUCCGUUCUGGAAACAAGUUCGUCUCUCGUUCUUGAAUUCCUCCGAUCGAGGAGCCGAUCGAUUGAGGGAGGCGUCGCCGCUGAGGGCUGCCGAGGAGGAGGAGGAUGACGAGGAAGAUACCGCGCUGGUGGCGGAGGUCGAGUCGGUGGCGUCAUCCUCGACGCCGUCGAGGACGGCCUCGUCCAGUUCCUCGAUCGUGGAGUCGAUCCGUGGGUGCGGGCUCCCGGGUCUGAGGGUCGGUAGAGGGGACCUCCGGCGGCGGGUCUUGAUACCGGACCGGUUAUUGGCGGGCAUGGUGGAGGCCGUCAGGUCGAGGAACCUCUGCGCCGCGGAGGUGGCGGCGUUGGAAGGCGGGCAUGGGGAGGAGGAAGCGCCGGAGGCGCCUCUGGUGGUGUUCGUCAACUCGCGGAGCGGGAAGCGCCAUGGCCCCGUCCUCAAGAGCCGGCUCCAGGAGUUGAUCGGCGAGGACCAGGUCUUUGAUCUUUCGGUCACGAAGCCUUCGGAUUUUGUUCAGUAUGGUUUAGCCUUCUUGGAGAGGUUGGCUGACCUAGGCGAUUAUUGUGCAAAGGCUACUCGUGAAAAUUUGAGAGUCAUGGUUGCAGGAGGGGAUGGUACAGUAGGCUGGGUGUUGGAAAGCCUCGGAGAACUUUAUGUGCAAAACAGAGAGCCGGUUCCUCCAAUUGGUAUCAUUCCACUUGGGACAGGAAAUGAUCUAUCUAGGAGCUUUGGUUGGGGCGGUUCAUUUCCUUUUUCAUGGAAGUCAGCUGUGAAAAGGUCAUUAUAUAAGGUUAUUACUGGCCCAAUUUGUCGGCUUGAUAGCUGGCACAUCACUGUCUCAGUUCCUGUAGAAGACAUGAUAGAACUGCCACACUCUCUCAGGCAUCUGGGUGAAAGCACUUUUUUUCCAGAUGGGGAUAUCGAGGGGGUGCUACCUGAAAUGAUUUCUUGCUUUGAUGGGGUCUUCUACAAUUAUUUUAGCAUAGGAAUGGAUGCUCAAGUUGCUUAUAGUUUCCAUCAUUUACGUGAUGAAAAACCAUACCUUGCACAUGGACCAUUAGCAAAUAAGUUGAUUUACACUGGAUAUAGCUGCAAGCAAGGAUGGUUUUUUACACCUUGCAUGAGUGAUCCAAGUUUAAGAGGGCUCAAGAACAUUCUUCACUUAUCCAUUAAAAAGGUUAACUGCUCAGAAUGGGAACAGAUUCUUGUUCCAUCAAGUGUUCGGGCCAUUGUUGCUUUAAAUCUUCACAGCUAUGGAAGUGGGAGGAACCCUUGGGGUAAUCUAAAACCAGAAUAUCUGGAAAAGAGAGGCUUUGUUGAGGCCCACAUGGAUGAUGGCCUGCUCGAGAUAUUUGGCCUAAAGCAAGGGUGGCAUGCAUCACUUGUUAUGGUUGAACUUAUAUCUGCAAAGCACAUCGCACAGGCUGCAGCAAUUAGAUUAGAGAUCAGAGGCGGUGAGUGGAAAGAUGCAUAUAUGCAAAUGGAUGGGGAACCAUGGAAACAGCCACUGAACAAUGAGUAUUCAUCAUUUGUGGAGAUAGAGAGAGUGCCUUGGCGGUCACUUAUUAUAAAUGGGGAAUGAGCAUUUUGAUAUAUUGGGCCAGGUAAGUAAAUGCACCAAAGAAGUGCUGGGAAAGAAAUUUUUUAAGCAUUGCAGAUUUUCUUUUUACUUUAUCAAGCUUCAGAUUGCUCUUUGCUCGAGCAGAUUAGUAAAUAUUACAAAUUGUAAGUUUGGUGCCAUAAAUAAAACAAUAAAUAAAUUCUGAAAGAUCAUUGCUUUUUGUGCAAAUCUUGUCUCAUUGUGAAUUCUUCAAAAGAAGCUAAAUAUAGAAAUUCGAUAUGUUAUUGUGGAUAAACAUUUUUUCUGCUUUACCUUUGCAGAUGCAUAAUAAAGUUAGCUGUGGACUUGCUAAAGAUUGGAUCCUGAUCCUCUGUCUUUUAUCUCAACUAUCUGAAGUUUUUUCAUCAAAAAGUGAAAAAGAGUGACCCAUUAAAUUCCUAUUAACUGUUACUGCAUAAUUGUUUCUGCUUCUCAGGGGCCUUCAGCAACAUAAAUGGCAUCUUUCUAAAAGAAAGCAUGUUGGUUGAACGAUCACUCUGUGUCCAGUUGUGCAGUUCAGUCGGCCAGGUCCGACUCAUGAUUGAAUAAGUGGGUGCCUGCUUGUAAUUUAUAUUUUUUUCUGUUCAUAAAUCUAAUAUAUUCAGUGCUAGUGUAAAAACUGGAAUGUUGAUUCCAAAGGGGCUUCAAUUCUCCAUUCCAAAAGGAAGCUGUAAGAAAUUUAGUAACAGUUGGCAUCAAUGAAUGCCAAAUCAAAUGUUUGGUUGGAAGGAAGUUGUACUAUGUAGGAUUGUCCUCAAAAUUCCAUUCACAGCAAAGUAA